AUGGCCAUGGACAUACUGGAGUUUCUAGGGGCAUGGCAGUUUUAUCUAAACCGAUGGAACAUAAAGGACGGAAAGGGAUAUUGGAAACAAUUAAUGCGCGAGGUCAAGAUUAUCUUCAACGAAGUAACAACGAUAAUCACCCAACAUAGCGGCACGAACGCUGGCAUUUGUGGAAGCGUAUUCCAAGGAAAGGAACCGGCCGCAUGCAAGAGCAGGUGUCAUGAAAUUGCAAGCCUUAUGCUAUACAUAAAGGGAUACAGUUGCAGUACGGGCAAUUGCACAAAAAGACGGGUGGAUGCCAGAAGGGGAGAGAAGUUUAGGGAAUAUAUAAGGUGUACACUGGCCACUGAGGUGUUACUACAGCUGUAUGGGAAUAAUGCAGAUCAUAGGGAAAUAAUACAGCACGUUAAGGCAGAACUGGAGAAACCGGAUAAACCAGGACAACAGCAAUAUGAGCCAGGGGUUUGUGAGGGCAGGGAUUACGGGGAAGUAAUAUUCGGAUUACGUGGUAUUGGACCCAGCAUAAAGAAUAAGCUGGACGAAUGGAAGAAAGGUUUCGCGCGACGCACCACAGGAACUACACACGGCAGAGUGCAAAAGUGUGCUUGGAAGGAGCAGGACGCAGACCAGAAAAAUGAAGAAGCAUGUACCGCUCAUGCGGGGGUGAUCCCCCAGGACUCUGCGCUCAUGACAAAAAUAAAGGCGUGGACGGAUAGUGGUAUCUUUGCGCGAGUGAAGAGCGUGUUAGACGACAUGCAACAAACAGGGGCAUCCAAGGAGAUAUGUGAAAUAGAAAAGAAGAUAAAGAAGGGAGUCAAGGCAGUGAAGGACAGAGUGAAUCCACCCAAAAAACCGACGACGUCAACGGGCACGUCAUCAUCUGCUGGUGGUAGUGAUGCCGCAGCAGGAGAGAAGGGGAAGACGGCCAAAGCGGAAGAUUGUCCAUUGAAGACCAUAUUGGAAGACACAAGGAGGCAAGUAUACGUCCUGAAGAAUUAUAAUAAGGAACAACUGGAAACCAUGAAGACCGUGUUGCAGCAGUUUAUUGAUUACAUGGACGAUCCAGACGGCACGGUGGAUGCCUUAGGGGCGAAUUGUUACAAUAGCGGUUGGAAUGAUAUAACAGACGACGGCACAUUGUUCACGGGCCAAACAGUAGCAGACGUAAUACGGUGUAAACUCAUGACGGGUGCAUUGUGGUUUGCAAACGGUGAUAAUAUAAAAGGGUACAGCACAGUUACGGAUGACACGGAGAACAGGCUAAGAUGCGAGCUAGCGAAUGCAUUUGGGUACAUACUGGACAAAAAGUAUUGUGAACAUAAGACCACAUGGAAAAGGGGUGUAAAGUAUGCUUGGACAACGGUCAACGCAAUGGGAGAGGCUGGAGGAAUACAGGAAGAUAAAAAAGGUCCUGUAAUGAAAGCGGAUUGUACGGAAUGUGGGUAUAAAGUUACACACGGUUCCGUGAGAGUAGUAGAUGGACACAUGGUAAACUUGUUAAUAGAGGAAGGAAAGAUAAUGGACAAAAUAGGAAACAUUGCACACCGGAUUCCCUGUGGGCAGGACUGGAAAAAGUAUAAAGAAGAGAAGGGUGUUAAAGACCAAGACCACGACAUUAGCCAGAAGCUGCCUGAUGUGAAGAACACAGAGAGCGAAAUAAGGACGCAGACGAAGAAAGCUUUUGAAGAGGUUACAAAGAUAGUGGACCAGAAAAUUAAGGAACAGGACGAUGAGGAAAGGGCAGGUAAGGAUAAGAAUAAUAAGAACACUAAGAAUACACAUAAUCCGAAUACGUUUAGCACGACGACACCCACAGGCACGAAACCGCAAGCUCCACCCACUACGGUACCAGAGGUACCAGAGGAGCCUGUUCCUGAGGAGAAAGGACCGCCACAAGGGCCAGGGGCAGAGCGAGGUGACAGGGCAAGGGCUGAAACAGGGGCAUCUGAAACAGUACCUGCUGCGGCAUCCAUACCACAACCCCCACCUGCGGCACCACCACCAUCACAAUCAUCGUCGGGAUCGGGAUCAGGAACAACAGUAUCGAAGGAUACGAAAGAAACAGGUAAGUGCUCCAAGGGGACAGAGACCUAUACAGUCAAAAACGCAGGCGCAGGUGUCCACGGAUCCACAUCAAGUACUUCUGUGUCUUUUGGAACGACAUCUGACAUUGACAGUACUUGUGGGAAGAAACCCGAAGACUCGGGACCAGGUAGUCUCCUGAGAUCUGCAGAAACGCCAAGUUCCUCGACGGGCCCGGUACCACGUAGUACGGGAGGCAGUACUGAGAGUGGUGGUACCCCACCAGGUAAAGGUGCAGCAGGUGGUGGCGAAGAUAUAAAUGAAAACACGAACCUAUGCGCGAUCGAUGGGAAAAAAGAUAAGGGAGAUUGGACAUGUGAAACAGAUGGUCCUGCAGAAACAGUUGGAGGAGAGGAAAGUGACUCCACGCCUCGCUCAUCCAAUUUUGGACUACCUAAUUUUGACUUAGCUAACAUGAUUCCCAAGGGACCCAAUGUUCCUGGGGGUGGAUUCGUACCCCUUAAGCGGGAACAUGUCACACUGAAUGAAGACAAUGAAAAAUUAAUGAAACAAGGACCUCCGAGUCGUGGUGGUCCUGAUGCACCCGACCUAGCCGCCGCGGUCCUGACCGCCACUACUCCCAUCCUGUUGUUCGUCGCUUCCGUCACCGUCGCCCUUCUUGGUUAUUCCCUGUGGAAGUAUUUUGCGUACCUCGGAAAAAAACGACGACGAACAUAUCGAACCGUUCGUGACGUGCCGUCACCGCCACUCGACGAAGAAAUAUUGGAUCAUCUACAACGCGGCGAACUGCCGCCACCCGAUUACGGGUACACCAUGAUUCGGGAUAGGCAGCCCGGCAGAUUGCCCGCCGACCGACGACGACGACGCCCCCCGCGCGUGCAUAAGCGCACGAUCAUCGAGCUACAUUUAGAAGUGCUCAACGAAUGUGCAGCGACCGAAUGGGCAACCGUCAAAGACGACUAUUUGCAGAUUGUCGUGGAGGUGUUUGCGCAGGAGUUGAUGCGGGACGUGGACACGCAUAACAGUAUCUUGGGUGUUUCUACGUCAGACCAGGGUCCUCCAGGGACCAAUGUUUCAUUCACCUUGGAUGCACCCACUGACGCCGACGGAACGCACACUUCUCCACCUAACGAAGACGACCCAGAUCCAUGGAGUUGUAUGGAACACAUACAGUUAGAAACGGACCCUUCUGCUUCUAACGACGAGGACUACGAUCCAUGGAGUUGUAUGGAAACCAUACAGUUAGAACACGAACACACUCCUUCUCCCCUCGCAUACUCUUCCGACCCCGGGAAUGACAUGCCGGCAUUAGACCGCACUAAGUGGAUCCCUUGGAUUGACCGCAACAAACGCAUAUUGCAGCAGAGCACGGCACAGCCGUGGUUUUUGCAAUUAAAAGCGGAUUGGAAACAAUAUCAGCUGAUGAAGAAACUGCAUGCAUGGAAACAAUGGGUCGAACAGCAACAUCGGAAAAUGAGUACAUACAAGGAAGAGGCGUGGUUCAAACAUUUGUUGCAUAAUGUACAGGAGGCGACAGUGUCGGAAAAAGGCGAAGUAUCAGUAGUCGAAAAAGACUUAGAAGUGGACAAAGUAAUGGCCGCAGAAGACUUGCUACAAGUGAGCGAUGUACCACGGUCACAACCACUGCCUCAGCAACCUUACAUGAAAAAAUCGUUAACCGCUCAAACAUGGAUACUGAUCCUGGCAUUAGUCAUAGAACAGUGCGAAGUCGAACGCAGUUUGCAGGAUAGGGAGUUAUAUGUGGAUGACCUAUUGCAAAAGCUCUGA